AUGUCUGAUCAAAAUAAUGAGAAAACAAUGUUCAAUAGACAAAUAAAAGUACUUAGCAUUCUCAUUAGUCUUGUGUUAGCAAUAUCAAGCGGUUUAGUAUUUGUCUGUAUGUUGUAUCGACCAUUAUCAGCAACUCUUAUCGUUGAAGAAAACAAUCAAAGUGAUAUAAUUCCUCAUUAUUAUAAUUUAAAAUUUGAAUCAAUAUUGAAUAAUAAUCAAAAUUAUGACACUAUUCUCUGUCAUACAGCAAUUUUUUUCCAAUUAAUUCAAUCACGUAAAGAUUUUACAAUUGAUUCUAUUAAUCAAUCAAUUAGUCAAAAACCAAUGUUAUAUUUCUUAUCUACAACGAUAAAUAAUGAAAAUAAACCAAAUAUUCCAAUAGAGAAUAGCGAAAAGUUAAAUAAACUUGUCAUAUCAAUUCAAUUUGAUAUUCAACAGUAUAAAAUUCGUAUUAAAUCAAAAACAAAAAUAUUUCCUAUUGGUUAUUAUUUAUUUAAAGUGUCAACAAAUAUUCAAUUUAAACAAUCUCAAUUAAAAAUUUUAUCACAAGGAUUUCAAUAUGAAACAUGGAAUGAUGAUAAAAAUUAUUAUCGUCUAUUAUAUACAUUUAGUUUUCCAUUUGGAUCAUCAAUGAUGUUUCCAUGUUUCAAUAAAGAUCAUUAUUUUUCACGUUCUAUAUUUGAUAUAAGUAUCAUAGGAUCAAAACAAGAUCUUAUUCUAUCAAAUAUGCCAUUAAAACAAAAAAUUGAACAAAAAAAUUAUAUAGAAAAUAUAUUUGAAACUACUCCACCAUUACAAUUAUCUCAUAUUGGUUUUAUUAUUAUGCAUAAUUAUCAAUGUAAACAUAUUGUACAAAAUAAUUUAAUUAUUCAACUAUGUGUACCAUUUACUAUUAUUGAAUUUGAUCUAAUUCAAUCUUUAUUAAAUUUUACUAUGAUAUCAAUUUCAAUCUUAACAUCUUAUUUUGAACGAUCAUUUCCAAUGGUUAAACUUGAUAUAAUUACAUUACCCGAAUUUAAUUCCAUAGUAUUAGAUCAACCGGGAUUAAUUUUAUUUGAUCAAAAUUAUUUAAUAACAAAUUCAAAUAUAAAUCAAUCUAUUAUAAAUUUUAUUCAUAAUCGAGAAUUAAUUAUUCAUAAAUUGAUUCAUCAUUGGAUUGGUCAUUUAAUUUCAUUUGAAAAAGAAAAUAUAUGGAUUAUUGAAAGUUUAACACAAUCAAUUAGUUCAUAUUUAAUAAAUAAAUUAUUAAUAAAUGUUGAAUAUGAACAUUUAGAUCAAUAUCUCAAUGGUAUUCUAGCUGAUUCAUUAUGUUCAUCUACACACUCAUUAAAACUUAACAAAAUAGAAUUAUUAACUAUGGAUAGUUUUAAAAAUAUUCCCUAUGAAAAGGGCAGUGCAUUCUUCACUGAAUUACGUCAUUUAUAUGGGAAUACAUUAUUUCAAUUAAAAAUUCAACAAUUAUUACGUUUACAUAAUUUUUCGAUUGUUAAUAGUUCAACAUUUGAAACACUAUUUAUUAAUGAUAUUCCAAUGCAUUCCAACAUUCGAGCACAAGACUAUUACAAUAAUUGGAUAAAUAGUAAUGAUCAUCCAAUAUUAACUAUGACAAAUCGUACAAUAUUUGUUAAUAAUUGUUCAAUCAAUAAUGGAAGUAUCAUCAGUCAUCGAAAAAUAUUCUAUCAUUUAUUAGGUGAUAAUACAUCACACCUAUUUGAUAUGGAACUUCAACAUAAUAUUACUAUUAAUUCGACAUCUAUUCCUCUACCAUUAAAUCCAUUUGUUCUUAUUAAUUAUCCUCUCACCAUAUGGGAGUCUAUUGUGAAUAAUUUUCGAAUCAAUGAUCAUACAGAUAACAGAAAGAAAACAUUACUUUUUAAUUCAUUUAUAUUAAGUGUACAAGGUCAAUUAUCAGCACGUAUUCAUCUUAAAUUAUUAUCAUUUAUUUUACAAAAUCAACAAUAUAUUUUAAAUGAUCCAUAUAUUAUUUUAUUAAUUUAUAAAAUUAUUCAAAUAAAUUUUCAAAAAUUAAAAUAUACAUUUUUAGAAGAAAAAUAUAUUCAUUAUCUAAAACGUUUAUUAAAUCCAUAUUGUUUAAAUAAUCAACUAUGGCAAAGAAAAUUACAACCACUGUAUAUUGAUUUAAUUCAUAUAUUCAAUUCUAGUAUAAUAUCUACAAUAAAUAAUCGAUGGAAUGAAAAUAAUAAUCAAUUACUCAUCUCUCAACUACGAGAUGAUACAAUAUUAGAAAUGUGUUGUCUAAUUAAUCAUAUGGUAUGUUUUAAUCAAUUUCAAAAUCGUCAUGAACCAAUGGAAUUAAUUCAAUUUUUAACCAAUACAUUGCAGCACACACGUAAGUUAACAAUUAUUUUUCGAGUAAUAACACUUUCGUUACGUUAA